AUGGAAUUGGAGAAUAUUGUCGCGAACACUGUCUAUUUGAAAGCGCGAGAGGGCGGUUCCGAUAGCAACAAGGGCAAGAGCAAGAAGUGGCGCAAGAUCCUGCAGUUUCCACACAUAUCGCAAUGCUUAGAUAUAAAAACGAAAAUAGAUGUCGGCUACGACUACGUGGUCGACCAGCAGCCGAUCGGCAAGCUGCUGUUCCGCCAGUUCUGCGAGCGGAACCGCCCUGAGUACCACAAGUACAACAGCUUCCUCGAUGCGCUCGCUUGUUCCCAGGUGGACAGGUACGAGGUGGGUGUCGACGAGACGCGGGUGGCCCUCGCCGCCGAGGUGUUCGGCAGGUACCUGAAGGCGGAGGACGGCGAUGCGGUCACGGACGUGGUCUCCGCCUCGGUGGUGGACGGCGCGAGCUCCCUGCUCGAGGGCGGCUCCAAGGACAUAUUCGGCGAGUGCGUCCGCUGCUGGAAGUGGCUCGAGGCGCAGCCUGUCACCCAGCACACGUUCCGCAUGUACCGCGUGCUCGGCAAGGGCGGCUUCGGCGAGGUCUGCGCCUGCCAGGUACGGGCGACCGGUAAAAUGUACGCGUGCAAGAAGUUGGAGAAGAAGAGGAUAAAGAAGAGGAAAGGCGAGGCGAUGGUGCUGAUAGAGAAGCAGAUACUGCAGCGGAUAAACUCUCGGUUCGUGGUGAACCUGGCGUACGCUUACGAGACUAAAGACGCCCUCUGUCUGGUGCUGACCAUCAUGAAUGGUGGCGAUCUAAAGUUCCACAUUUACAACAUGUGCGGGGCGGAAACUGGUCUGGGCUUGGAACGGGCGCGCUUCUACGCAGCCCAGGUGGCCUGCGGGUUAGAGCAUCUGCACAAGAUGGGCAUCGUCUACAGGGACUGCAAGCCCGAGAACAUAUUGCUCGACGACGCGGGCCACGUGCGCAUCUCUGACCUGGGACUGGCCGUGGACGUCCCCGAGGGGGGGAGCGUCAGGGGGCGCGUGGGUACCGUCGGCUAUAUGGCCCCGGAGGUGAUAGACAAUGAGAGGUACACCUUCAGCCCCGACUGGUUCUCCUUCGGCUGUCUUCUGUACGAGAUGAUAGAAGGUCGGGCGCCGUUCAGAGCGAGGAAAGAGAAGGUCAAACGCGAGGAGGUAGACCGCAGGGUCAAGCACGAGCAGGAGAAGUAUUCGAGUAAGUUCAGCGAGUGCGCGCGCGCGCUCUGCUCCGCGCUGCUGGCGAAGAGCGGCGGCUCGCGGCUGGGGGGAGGCGCGGGCCGCAGGGGCGCCGCGCUCGUCAAGGCGCACCGCUUCUUCGCGCGCCUCAACUGGGCGCGCCUCGAGGCGGGCCUGCUCGACGCGCCCUUCGUGCCCGACCCGCACGCCGUGUACGCGAAGGACGUGCUGGACAUCGAGCAGUUCUCGACGGUGAAGGGCGUGAACCUGGACGCGGCGGACGACACGUUCUACGGCAAGUUCAACACGGGCAGCGUCAGCAUCCCGUGGCAGUGCGAGAUGAUCGACACCGGCUGCUUCGCGGAGCUCAACGUGUUCGCCAGGGGUGAGGACGGCAAGGAGUGUCGAACCACGGACCUCCAGCUGGAGUCGACAACCAACGUGCAAGAGGAAGAGACCGGUUGCUUUAUGUUCGCGAGGCGGACUCUGUGCCCCCAGAAGAAGAUCCCGCCGCGGCUGAGGCCGGUGCCGGUGCCCGAGCACCUGCUCUCGCCGCCCGCGCCCCCCCCCCCCCCCCCCCCUCCGCCCCCGCCGCGCCCACCAGCUGACCGCGCCCCCGCGCCGCCCCGCCCCCCGCCGCGUGCUGACGCCGGCCCGCAUCUCGCGGAUCUCGGGCAGCGGAUCCCGCGGUACGGAUCUCGCGGAUCUCGCGUGACGGAUCUCGCGGAUCUCGCUGCGCGGAACCGGGUCCCGGAUCCGUUCGCAGCGUCGCUCACAGUAACUAGUCCACGUCGGCAGUCAACUUUAUUGGCAGCGGUCGUUUAUCGCUCACGCACUAGUUCGCCCGUUCGCCCGUUCGCCGUGAACGCGGUAGCAGUUUCCGAAAGCCGCUCCGCAGCUCCCGCGAGCAACGUU